ACACACAUUACUCUCUCUCUCUCUCUCUCUCUCUCUCUCUCUCCAAACCCAGCCUCGCGCGGCAAAACGUCACUCGGAGCUGGGAGGGGAAAGAGAAGGGAGGUGGGGUCGGAGGAUCCGGGAGGGAGCAGGAACAGUCACUGCUUCUACUGCUGGUCUGCGGGUGCUGCUCCUGGGGCGAGCUGGGAGCGGCCCCCAGCCAGAGACGAAGGAGGAAGAGGACGAAGAGAGUAAAGAACAUGGUGGAGCUGGAGACAGCAGUGGCCAGAGGAAAAGCUCGUGCCCAGGCUGGUAGUCCAUCCUGUCAUUACCCCCGCGCCUCCUGCUAACGUGGGCCCCACCAGACCCCAGCUGUCAAGCUACAAGGCUAAGUUGAAUCUGUUCAUGUUGGUGGGUCUUAUUAUCCCUGCUUCUGAAUGAACUGAACACUGUGGUGCAGGAGAGAGUUCAGGACUGGGAAUCAGGAGAGAUGUGGAUUUGAACCUGCUUCUCAUGCUUAAAAUCUGUCUGAUCCAAGACAUAGCAAUAAAGAUGAGAGUGGAGUAAGCGGACAGACAUCCCCUUCCGAGCUCUCCCUCCUCCCCACCAUGAGCCACGUGGAAGGACCGCCAGAUGUGGAGGUGACUGAUGAGCCAGGAAGCGGAGAAUCUGGAGAAGUGAAUGAAUCCGUGGAGGCUGAUCUGGAGCAUCCUGAAGCGGAGGAGGAGCAGCGGCUGCAGCCGCAGCACGCAACUCCGUACCCUGGCGACCCUGUGCAAGGAACACGCGGUCCCCAGCCGGUCCAGGGGCUGGAAGAGGAGGACCGAGGGAGCUCCCUGGCCCGCUCGGCCAGCACGGAGAGCGGCUUCCACAAUCACACCGACACGGCUGAAGGGGACAUUAUCGCCGCUUCGGCUGAGGACGGCUAUGACCCCGAGCGGGCCCAGGAGAACGAGGACGAGAGUGCCUAUGCCGUGCAAUACCGGCCCGAGGCCGAGGAGUACACAGAGAACGCUGAAGCGGAGCACGCCGAGGCCUCUCACCGCCGGAGCCUGCCCAACCACCUGCACUUCCACUCGCUAGAGCACGAAGAGGCCGUGAACGCCGCCUACUCGGGAUACGUCUACACUCACCGGCUCUUCCAGCACAGCGAGGACGAGCCCUACGCCGAGCCUUACGCAGACUAUGCGGGGCUGCAGGAGCACGUGUACGAGGAGAUCGGAGACACGGCUGAGCUUGACAGCCGGGACGGUCUGCGACUGUACCAACGCGAGCGCGAGGAGGUGGACAGCUACCGCAAGGAGGCCCUUGGGGCGCGCCUCCACCACUACGACGAGCGCUCCGAUGGAGAGUCUGACAGCCCCGAGAAGGAGGCGGAAUUCGCCCCCUACCCACGAAUGGAUAGCUAUGAGCAGGAGGAGGACAUCGAUCAGAUUGUAGCCGAGGUGAAGCAGAGCAUGAGCUCCCAGAGCCUCGACAAAGCUGCCGAGGACAUGCCUGAGGCCGAGCAGAACUUGGACGGGGCGCCUAGCCCGGAAGAUGGCUGUGGAAACGCGGAUGAGCUGGGAAGCCCUGGGCAGCCCGCCCCUGUGGGGCCUGGGCCCGCUGUCCUCACGGGCGAGGUAGGGCAGCGUUACAGCAAGGAGAAGAGGGAUGCUAUCUCCCUGGCCAUCAAAGACAUUAAGGAAGCCAUCGAGGAGGUGAAAACCAGGACCGUCCGUUCGCCUUAUACGCCAGAUGAGCCAAAAGAGCCCAUUUGGGUCAUGCGGCAGGACAUCAGCCCGACCAGGGACUGUGAUGACCAGAGGCCAGCAGAUGGAGAUUCUCCAUCUCCUGAUUCUUCCUCACCCCGGGGUGCUGAAUCAUCCGGCAGACAGCAUCAGCAAGAUGACCUGGCAGAAUCCUCCGGUAACAAAGAGUCAAGGAAAAGCUUGGCUUCAUUCCCAACGUACGUUGAAGUUCCAGGACCAUGUGAUCCCGAAGACUUGAUCGAUGGCAUCAUUUUUGCAGCCAAUUACCUUGGCUCCACCCAGCUGCUUUCUGACAAAACCCCCUCCAAGAAUGUUCGAAUGAUGCAAGCACAGGAAGCAGUAAGCAGAAUAAAGAUGGCCCAGAAAUUAGCCAAAAGCAGGAAGAAGGCUCCUGAAGGAGAAUCUCAGCCCAUGACAGAAGUAGAUCUCUUCAUCUCUACACAGAGAAUAAAAGUCUUGAAUGCAGAUACACAGGAAACAAUGAUGGAUCACCCACUAAGGACCAUUUCCUACAUUGCAGACAUUGGGAAUAUUGUUGUGCUGAUGGCCCGCAGGCGAAUGCCCCGUUCCAAUUCCCAAGAUAAUGUGGAAGCCUCUCAUCCAUCCCAGGAUGGGAAGAGACAAUACAAAAUGAUCUGCCAUGUCUUUGAAUCUGAGGAUGCCCAGCUGAUUGCACAGUCCAUUGGUCAAGCCUUUAGUGUGGCCUACCAGGAAUUCCUCAGGGCAAAUGGAAUCAACCCAGAAGAUCUCAGCCAAAAAGAGUACAGCGAUCUACUCAACACCCAAGACAUGUACAAUGAUGACCUGAUCCACUUCUCCAAGUCUGAAAAUUGCAAAGAUGUUUUUAUAGAGAAGCAAAAAGGUGAAAUCCUGGGUGUGGUAAUUGUGGAAUCUGGCUGGGGAUCCAUCUUGCCAACAGUGAUCAUAGCCAAUAUGAUGCAUGGAGGACCAGCAGAGAAAUCAGGAAAGCUAAAUAUUGGGGACCAAAUCAUGUCCAUUAAUGGUACCAGCCUUGUUGGCCUCCCUCUUUCCACUUGUCAGAGCAUUAUUAAGGGUUUAAAGAAUCAAUCUCGAGUAAAGCUGAACAUUGUAAGAUGCCCCCCAGUCACUACUGUGCUGAUCAGAAGACCAGACCUCCGAUAUCAGCUGGGUUUCAGUGUCCAGAAUGGAAUCAUUUGCAGCCUCAUGCGAGGAGGGAUAGCAGAGCGGGGUGGAGUUCGAGUGGGACAUCGAAUCAUUGAAAUCAACGGACAGAGUGUUGUUGCCACACCCCAUGAGAAGAUUGUUCACAUUCUCUCCAAUGCUGUUGGGGAGAUUCACAUGAAAACAAUGCCAGCCGCAAUGUACAGACUGUUGACCGCACAAGAACAGCCUGUUUACAUCUGAGAAGCCGUGGUCCUCACUUUAUAACAUGCAUGGAGGGUGCCUCUUCACUAGUGGCUAUGUUUCUAGUGCUGCAUAUUUGUGAUAAUGGAAAUAUUUUGUUUGUAUUCUCUCACACACACAAUAUUUUGUCAUGCACCAGAAGAAAAGUAUACAUGAGGAUCCCUUUUUUCUCCCUUGCUCCAUCUUUCCCCUCAGUCCCCAUCCCCAAAUACAAGUGAUAUUUUAAUGUG